AGGGACACCAAAAGGGUCAUCUUCCAAUUCCUCAGAUGGAGCCAACCACCACCAGCAGAAUCAAGUCAACUCUGAUUUGGACAACACACCUCGAUCAAUGUCCUUGUCCAUGCUUCAAAGACCUCAUGCGAUAUCUGGUAAUUCGAAUGCUGAAUUUCUGAGCGCUCCACACCAGCAACAACCUGUAGCAUCUUUGCCCUCAACUCCAGUGCCAGGGACACCCCAAUCAGUUGUCCCAGCGACAAUGGACUUGCUACCACUUCAUCGCCAUGGGCAAGACAUGAAUCCUGUUCCUCAUAAUCAGCUGAAUAUCAUCCCUCAACCGACUGUCAUGCACAAUGAGCAGUUUCAUAUGCCUCCACCUAUGGGCAUGGUCAAUGUAGGAAUGUCCCAGAUUCCUGCCAACCAGGCAGUUCAAAACAUGAAAAAUCCUUACCCAGCAGUUGUGAGCAAUUAUUCUCAUCUAUCCUCAAACUUGCCCGCUGACCAUGGCUUUGAUACUUCUUCAAGACCCCAAGUAACCCUCAUUGAAUGUGUCCAGUAG